ACCAUCGCCGCUUAGGUUUCUCCGGUUCCAGAGAGUGUAGACUGAAGCUAAAAUGGAGCACAACAAGAAGAAGCUCAUCAUUCUACUCUCAAUAGCAUCCGUCGCAGCCCUCUCAAUCAUCUUCCGAAGACGCCGACAGAAGAAGAACCGCCACGCCGCUCGCUGUUACUUACACACCGAUCCUAAGCCUCAGUACACAUUCAAGCACGUCUUAGCUGAUAAUUCCUACUCUCCUUUCAACCAUCUGAACCUUGACGGUCUUGAAGAGAAAUCGCAACCAUAUGAAGCGGAUAUCACGGCAUCAAUCGAUAAUCCGCCCGUUGAGUUUAAGUUUUUGGAAGGCGUCGAUGUAGACUUGGAAACGAGUGAUUCUUAUGUUUGGGUUGAUACCGAGUCGCAGUUGACUCAACUAGCUGAUGCUUUGAGCAAAGAGAAGGUUUUUGCUGUUGAUACACAGCAACACAGCUUGCGAUCCUUUCUAGGUUUUACUGCUUUAAUACAGGUUGUUGUGUACUGAUGUUAACUAUUGAGAUGGAAAUGUUUCAUGUUUCUGUUUUGGUUGGAAUAGCAGACUUCUAGUAAGAAGGAUGAUUAUUUGGUGGAUACAAUUGCAUUACAUGAUUCAAUGAGUAUUCACUGUAUUCUUCAUCCAGUAUUUGCUGAUCCUAAUAUUUGCAAGGUGCCAUUCAAAAUGUUUGUUUGUUUGAAUUUUUUUUCUUUUUCUGGUCUCAAGUAAAUCUAUAGCUGUUGUUGUCAUUUUCAUUUUUGAGUUGUUUUUCUUUUUUUUUCUGUUUUGUUGCAAAGAAUAGAAUAAGAGCAGCAUGUUUGUUGCAGUAUCUCUAGUUUACUUCAAAAGAGUGAUUCUUUUCUUGUUCUCUCAAGUCUGUUUUUUCUGUGAUUGUUUAGGUGUUCCAUGGGGCUGAUGGCAAUGUUGUUUGGUUGCAAAGAGACUUCCACUUGUAAGUUGUUAACCUCUUUGACACUGCAAAGGUGAGGUUUAAGUGUUAACUAGCUAUGUAACCUGACAUUUCCACUGCUUUAAUUCGCUUUCUGAUUGACUGAUAUCAUUUUGUUUAUUUCAGAAUAUUCAUCUUGCCACGAUGACAAGUUCCAUUUUGUUCUCGAGGCUAGCCGACGUUCAAACUGUUAACUAUAAGAAUUAUCAGAAAGAAAAACAGAUAGUUCUG